AUGUUAUACUCUCUUGGGUCUAAUGGAAGUUAUCAACUAGGAUUAGAACAUGAUGAAGACAUAUCGAAACCAGAAAAGGUGAAUUUUCCUGAGCAACCAAAGAAGAUUGCAUGUGGAGGAAACCACACAUUAAUACUUGAUCAACAUGGUCAACUCUGGGCUUGUGGAGAUAACAGGAUGCUACAGUGCUGCCAGAAUUUUGAUAAUAUCACUUUAGAUGGGUCCAUCAACCGCUUAAAACCGAUUGAAUCAAGUUAUAUUCAUGAAUUUCACAUUGCUAACAGAAAGUAUUGGUCCAUGGUAGCCGUUGGAUGGGAGUAUAGUGUCUUGGUGGAAAAAGACAGAAGGACUGUUUGGACAUGUGGUUCUGGUCCACAGGGAGAGCUUGGUCAGGGAGAAGUUCGAGCAUCGUCUCUAACAAAGAUCAUGAUUCCUUACCUUGAUCAAAAUGAAAUAAUCAUAGACAUCUCUUCAAGUGUAAAACACUGGGUCUGCAUCACAAACCAGGGUAACGUUUAUGGCUGUGGAGAUGGACGCAAGGGUCAAUUAGGACCAGUCGUUUCAAAGAUGACCAACAGAGUUCAGUUUUUGGCUCAGAUAGAACAUGCUAACAAGGUUUGUUGUGGACUUCAGUUUUCUGCAUUCCUCCAGGAAACAGGCCGAGUAAGUAUAUUAGGAGGUGAUCGUUGGAAGCUUUCUGAAGAAUGCAUUCGAUGGCAGAAUAACAAUCCCAAUAUUUCAUCCCUUAUAAUAGAUAUAUCUUCAAAUUGGUCUACACUGUCUUUGUUAGAUUUCAAUGGAAGGAUAUAUGCAUUUGGCAGAGGAGAUCGUGCCCAAAAAGCACAUACUGUACAGAACGAUGCACUAGCAAUUGCUGGUGGUAGCGAACACAAUAUUGUGCUAAUGAAAAACAUGGAAGCAUAUAUUUAUGGAUGGAAUGAACACGGAAAUGCAUUUAAUGAAGAUCGUCAAGACGUUUACCAAGCUAAAAACCUGGGAUUACCAGGAAUGGUUACCUAUGUAGCAGCAGGAUAUGCAACGACAUGGAUAGUAACAGAAAACAAGUAG